AAUAUCUUACUUCAACGCCUCUCUCUCCGCCUAACGUCGCUUACGGCCAUAAACGGAAUACAAAGACGAAAAUUUUGAACAAAGCUCUCUCUCUCUCUCUCUCUCUCUCUCUCGCUUAGGGUUUUCUUUUGUUCUGAGUCUCGGAUCUGAUUGUAUCUUUGGGGGAAAAAAAUUCAAAUUUCGCAGAUCUCUCUUAUCCGAACGUUGCGUGUUCCAUCUGAUUUCAAAGGAAGUGAUAACGAGUUUGCUACCUCGCGUUCAUGUUCUUGCGUUUGAAUCCGAAUCCUCUCCGCAUCUAGUUGUUCUAACAGAUCUCUCAAGUUGGCUCCUCAAAGAAGAUCGCAGCGCGGCCAGAUGCAGCACACCAACGCCGCUGCUGCGACGGCUCUUUACGAUGCGGGACCCGCUAAUGACGCUGGAGAUGCUGUCAUGGCACGCUGGCUCCAAUCCGCUGGCUUGCAGCAUCUGGCCUCUCCCACCGGAGGCAAUGAUCAGCGUCAUCUCCCUAGCCUUCUCAUGCAGGGUUAUGGAGCGCAGACUGCUGAAGAGAAUCAAAGGCUGUUCAAACUAAUGCGAAAUCUUAAUCUUAACGGGGAGUCCUCUGAAUCAUAUACACCAACUGCAGCUAUGCCUUCUUCCGAAGGAUUUUUUUCACCCGACUUCAGAGGUGAUUUUGGAGCUGGGUUAAUGGAUCUUCAUGCUAUGGAUGACACAGAGCUGCUAUCUGAGCAUGUGAGUACUGAACCCUUUGAGCCGUCACCUUUCAUGCCUAGUGUGGAUAAAGAAUUUGAAGAAGGUUUUAAUUUUCCAACUAAUCGUCAGCAACAAACAGAUGCUGAACCUUUCGGCUCAUUGCCUAAGAGUGAAAAAGAGAAUAACAGUGUAGCCAAGAUUAAAGUAGUGGUAAGGAAAAGACCCCUAAAUAAGAAAGAAACAGCUAGAAAGGAGGAUGAUGUCGUGACGGUAUCUGAUAAUUCUUUGACUGUCCAUGAGCCCAAGCUGAAGGUGGAUUUGACUGCUUAUGUGGAGAGGCAUGAGUUCUGCUUUGAUGCUGUUCUAGAUGAGGAUGUUUCAAAUGACGAGGUGUAUAGGGCCACAAUUGAGCCGAUAAUUCCCAUUAUUUUCCAGAGAACUAAAGCUACAUGUUUUGCAUAUGGUCAAACAGGUAGUGGUAAGACAUACACAAUGAAACCACUACCCAUACGCGCUGUCGAAGAUUUAAUGAGGCUGUUGCGUCAACCAGUAUACAGCAAUCAGAAGUUUAAAUUGUGGCUCAGUUAUUUUGAGAUAUAUGGUGGAAAGCUGUUCGAUCUUCUCAGUGAGAGAAAGAAGCUUUUAAUGCGAGAAGAUGGUAGACAACAAGUUUGCAUUGUUGGGCUGCAAGAGUACGAAGUCUCAGAUGUUCAAAUUGUAAAGGAACUUAUCGACAAAGGAAAUGCUGAAAGGAGCACAGGUUCAACUGGAGCAAAUGAGGAAUCUUCUAGAUCACAUGCUAUCUUACAGCUUGUUGUAAAGAAGCAUGUUGAGGUAAAACAAACCAGACGUAAAAAUAAUGAUGCCACUGAAUUGCCUGGGAAAGUUGUUGGGAAGAUUUCUUUCAUUGAUCUUGCUGGCAGUGAAAGAGGUGCAGACACCACAGACAAUGACCGACAGACAAGGUUUGAAGGCGCAGAAAUCAAUAAGAGUCUUUUGGCUCUUAAGGAAUGUAUACGUGCACUGGACAAUGACCAGCUACAUAUACCAUUCCGUGGAAGCAAAUUAACUGAAGUGCUCCGUGACUCAUUUGUUGGAAACUCAAGAACGGUGAUGAUCUCUUGCAUCUCUCCGAGUGUAGGAUCGUGUGAACAUACCCUCAAUACACUAAGAUAUGCUGAUCGGGUCAAAAGUCUAUCUAAAAGUGGAAAUAGCAAGAAAGAUCUAACUGCAAACUCAAUGCCUCCUGUUAAUAAGGAUUCUCUGUUGGGCUCAAAUGAUGUAGAAGAUAUCUUUGAGCCACCACAGGUAGUGAAUGUUCAGGAAACCGGGAGGAGGGUCGAGAAGGAUAACUACACUGCUUCAGGUAUUGACUUCAGACAACCUACAAAUUAUCGAGAGGAAAGUGGAAUCCCAUCAAUCUCAAUGGACAAGAGUAGAUCAGAGACGAACAAUGCUUUUGGUGGCUCCAAUAGUCAGAGGAACCACCUGUCUUCAUAUCCUCAAGAAACUUCAGACCGCGAAGAGAAAGCCAAGAAAGUGUCGCCACCUCGUGGGAAAGGGCUGCGGGAAGAAAAACCAGAUAGACCACCACAAAACUUGUCUUCAUAUGCCAAAGAAACUUCAGACCGUGAAGAGAAAGUGAAGAAAGUGUCGCCACCUCGUGGGAAAGGGCUGCGGGAAGAAAAACCGGAUAGACCACCACAAAACUUGUCUUCAUAUGCCAAAGAAACUUCAGACCGUGAAGAGAAAGUGUCUCCACCUCGUGGGAAAGUGUUGCGGGAAGAGAAACCAGAUAGACCACCACAAAACUUGUCUUCAUAUCCCCAAGAAACUUCAGACCGUGAAGAGAAAGCCAAGAAAGUGUCACCACCUCGUGGGAAAGGGCUGCGGGAAGAAAAACCAGACAGACCACAAAACUUGUCUAAAAGAGAGGUCAGGUCGUCAGACAUCCCUACCUUUACAAACUUCAGGCAGAACACAAGUGAAACUGUUUCAAGACAAUAUGAAACCGAAGAAAACAUUGAUGCACUACUUGAGGAAGAGGAAACUCUGAUUACAGCACACAGAAAAGAAAUAGAGGAUACAAUGGAGAUUGUUCGCGAGGAAAUGAAGCUUUUAGCGGAGGUGGACAAACCAGGAAGCAUGAUAGAAAACUAUGUAACGCAACUGAGCUUUGUCUUGUCGAGGAAAGCAGCGGGACUUGUGAGUCUCCAAGCCAGGCUUGCUCGGUUCCAACACCGUCUCAAGGAACAAGAAAUACUUAGCCGUAAGAGAGUUCCUCCACGGUAGUUGGUACAAGAAAGGAAACAAAAAAAAAAACGAUUGUGUGUGGUGUUUGUGAAGUGUGAAAGUUGCUUGGGACACAAUGGGAUGAAGAAGAAAAAAAUGUCCAUUGUGUUGGUGAAUUUGGGAAUAUAUAUAUUUCAUUUUAUUCUUAUCAUAAAAUUAUACAAUUUGUGUUUACUGUACAAUGAAAUGUGAAUUAACUCUUUUCUCAGUCAA